CAGUCGGCCAGUCAGUUUCAGUCGCUUUCCGAGUCUCCGUUCAGCUGGUCGAGGGUCGAGUUGUCUCCGAGUUACCCGUGAACCAUCUACAACCCGUAAACCGUAAAGAAAAUCGUAAUAGGCCAAGGCGAAGUGCUAAUAAAACGAGCAAAAUGCGCGGCUGCCUGGCAUUGAGUGCGCUCUUUUUGUGCCUGGCUCUCGCCGGCCGCUUUCAUUUGGCAGCUGGCUACAAGAGCGAGGUGCAGAUCACACCGGAUCCCCUAGACGCCGUGGAAACGACCACCAAGAAGUCCAGUUGGUUCGGCGGCUUCAAGAAGUUCUUCGGCAGCGAUGCCACCACCACCACGACGACUCCCGCUGCCCCACCAGCUGUCACCACGCCCAGGGCGCUGGUGGUCACACCCACGGCGGCCCAGAAGCCGCCACCGCUGGUCAUCUCGCACGCUCCACUGGUGCCAUUGGGUCCGCGGCCGGACACCCCGGGAUCCUCUCCGUUCGGCGCCUCUCCGCCGCCAGCCAGCGGUCCCCAGUGGCCCACGACCAGUGCCAGGACUCCCCAGGCCCAUCCGCAACCGCAUCCGCAGCCACAGCCCGCCCAGCAGCCCGCUCAAGGUCGCCAGCAGCCAGCGGGAGGCACUGCAGCACCCAAUCUGCCGCCCGGAUUCGCUCCCUAUCGGCCACAAAAGCCGCAGCCCAAUAGCUACGACCUGAGCUACGGCGGAGGUCCGGGGCAGGGAACCCGCAAUCCUGGCUUUGGACUGGGCAUCAGCACCACUUCCAGCUCUACGAGCACCACCACCACCCAGAGAACCCCCACCCCCACCAGCACCACAGGUAAGCCAGCGCAGAAGGAGGACUUCCCCUCGUUGCCAGGACCUCGAAGACCCUCGCAAAAGGAGGACUUCCCCGCACUGCCGACGGCCAAGACUCCUCCAGGAUCACCGACUCCCACGCCGGGAUCUCCUUCCGCCUGGCAGUCGCCGCUGCCAACGCCACAGCAUCCAGUGCAUCCGCCCACCAAGGUCACCCAACCACCUUCUCCCACGCCCACUGCCACCCACUCGGUUACGCCCACGCCGACUCCCGCCCACGGAUCCUCCUUUGGACCACACAAAGUGGGUGGAGGAGGCGGUGGAGGUAUUGGAGGUGGUGCCACCACAACCACCGUGCGACCCGGCUUCCAGUCGUCGGGCAACUCGGUGGCCACCGACGACGAGAUUCGCCAGCUGACCGAGCAGCUGUACACCAAGGAGUCCAACAGCCAGCUGGGCAACAUCCAGGUGAACCUGCAGGGACGCACGCGCUCCAUCGACAGCGCCGACGAGGCACCCAAUCCUCUCCUGAAUGUGGACGCCAAGGCCCUGGAGUCGCCGACGAUCGCCAAGAUGCGGCUGCUGUUCAACAACUACGAGCACGACACGCUGGUCAACGAGCACGUGACUCCGAACGAGCGGAAGGAGGAGAACGAGUUCCUGGACGCGGUGAUGGCCACCCCGGUGAUGCGGCAGGCGAUGCUCUUCCUGCAGCAGAAGGGCGUGCUCGGACCCGAUCCGAAGACCCACCGCGACCUGGUCAAGGAGCUCUGGUUCACGCAGUACUCCCGCGGCCAGGGCAAGAUCGGCAGCUCCGGGUUCGAGCACGUCUUCGUCCACGAGGUGAAGGACGGCACCAUCAUCGGGUUCCACAACUGGGUCUACAUCGGCGAGGAGGAGAAGGGCGGCCGCUUCGACUACAAGGGCUACAUGAAGGAGCAGGACAUUGGCACGAAGGGCAAAGUCAUAAAGAUCAGGUUCUCGCACCAAGGAAUCAACAAGCCUGUGAACUCCCUGUUUGUGGGAACCUCACCCGAAUUGGAGCUCGCUCUCUACACAGUCUGCUUCCAGCUGCGUCCGGAUCGCACCUGUCCGGUGUCCUUGGGCAACAGCAGGUUCGGCAUCGUCACCUAUUCGUGGCGCUACCGGGGAAAGAACCUGAUCGGCAGCGCCUAUCCCGAGAUUUGAGGCAUCGAUCGUCGAUCGCCCAUCGCUUAGUCACCGUAGCAUUUUUUUUCUGUCGCUUUAAUAAAUAAAGUAAUUUUGUGAAAACAAA